CCCGCGCUACGUCACGAAGCCGAUACUCCACAAGGACGAAAACGAAAACACUAUGGACGUGUUUUGGUAACUGGAAUAUCGCCUUAGCAGCUGUAGCGCGGCUGGUUUCACCUUGCAGGGAGAGGAAACGACGUCACCUUCUUGCCCCCACCCCAGAGAGACCACAUAUAACUCAUCACAUAUGGACCUUAACCUUGCUAAAGCUGGGGUCGACUCUCCUUGUGCAUAGUCGAGUAUGAAGGAAACUGGAUCAGCUGCAAGUCUAAAAGCUGCCCAAGAAGCAGCUGCAAAGGUUAAUGCCAUGUUGGUGGCAUCUGGUCAGCUAAAGCUCUCCGAGCUUCACAAGAGCCGGAUAAAGAACAACAAAUCAAAUGACCUCUUCAUUGAAGAGGUGAGCAUCAAUGAAGCCCCCAUGAGUGCCAGAAACUUCCUCACACGGUCAUCUACUCAAGAGGAAAUCAGCAAGAUGUCGGGUGCAGCAGUGUCAACACGAGGACGCUACAUGAACCAGGAAGAGCUCAAGAACCCGAGUAAGAGUCCUGGCGACCGCCCCCUCUACCUACACAUCCAGGCUGUCAAUCAACAGGAUGUCAAAGUGGCAGUUGGGCGUAUCAUGCACAUCAUCAUGGAACACAGCCACCGUAAAGGCCACAGCAUGCAGAGACCAAGGGGACCAAGACCUAACCCGGCUCCUGGCCUGAUGGGACCGAGGCCUGGUAGUGGUCCACGUGGGCCUCGGCCACUUGUCUUCCGACCGCCGAGACCCGACAUGUCUGCACCCCCGCCUCAGACGCAGCCACCUCCUCCAUUGACAAAUAUAUUCAGAGAAAAGGUGUUUCUACCUGUAAAUAUUGGCUUAAACCCUACUGAUAUUCGAGCUCGUCUACUGGGAGAAAGUGGCAUGAAUCUCCGUUAUAUUCAGGAAGAAACUGGUGUGGCCAUAUCCAUCCGAGGAAUUGGAUCUGGCUAUCAUGAACAUGGCACUGGCCAAGAGGCACAGGACUCGCUACAUUUUUACUUAGAGCAUGACAACCAAGAUCAAUUUAACCAAGCAAAGGAUCUGGUAGUGAAUCUGGCUCAAACUGUUAUUGCCGAAGUACAACAAGAGCUGCAACAACAGCAGCAGCAGCAGCAGCAACAGCAGCAGCAUCAACAGCAGAUGCAGCAACCAGCACCUUUAUUUAGCCAACCACCUCCACAGCAGCCAGAUGUAACUUUAGGUGGUGGUGGAAUUGGACAACCUCAUAUGGCUCCAGUCCAAGUGGCCCCUCACCAAAUGACUGCUCCUCCAGCUCCUCCUCCACAGAUGGUACAUUCCCAGAUGGUUCCACCUCAGGUACCACCUCAUUCACAGAUGGUGCCUCCACAUGUUGGACAUCAUCAAAUGGCUCCUGCUCAAGUUCCACUUCAAGGUCAAGUGGGUGGACCUCAAGUGAAUGCUAGCGUGAUGCAUACAGUAUUAGCGCCACACCUCCAGCCUGGUGGAGCAGGAGUCUCUCAGGAUGUAAUGCCACAGCAGGAGGUGAUACAGGCUACAGUUGUCUCUCUACCUCAGCAGGUUGUGCACCUCACAGCACCACCAGUGGUCUCAAGUGCUACAGCAGUUGCAAACCAACAGCUGGUACACACAUCUUCUGGUACCCAAUUAGUUACACUGCCCCCAGGCACCCAAAUUAUUAACACGCCCGAAGGUCCACGUUUGGUAGCACUUGCAACGGGUACCCAGGUUGCUGCUCCUGUGGCACCAGUGCCUACAAACCAUCAGGCACACCCAAAUGCCUUACAUGAUCCACAAGGAGUGCCAAAUCCAAUGGUGCAGCAGCAACCAGCACCUCAAUCUUUAGCAGUGUCUGUUGGAAACAACCAUAUAGCUAUGAAUCAGACUUCAAUUCUUAGUGACGUAACAGCACAAUCAAGCAUGGCAAGAUCAAUAGGGCUUAGUAAUUCAUAUUCAACUUCAUGUUUAUCAAAUACCAUCAGUACCUCAAGUCCACUUACUAGUGUCACUCCCCAUGGCACUCCAGAAAAUCCUUAUCCACCCACUGUAAAUGCAUCAAUACCCCCACCAAACACAAGCAUGGCUCUAGGAGUGCCACCACCUGCCGCUGGACUUGGUUUACCCCCAGCGGUGACUGCUCAUGCAGGGACAGUGUCUUUCAUACUGACACCAGGAGUAAAUACAAUGACAACCACUUCUGGUGUAGGGCUUCUCGUUCCUCAGGACCCAAGUGUUGCUUCAGGUCAAAUGCACGUGACACAGCCAGUUGUUGUGACUGGCGUGUUGCCCACGUCGCAGCAGCAGCAACAUCCCCAACAAGCCUCUCAAGCAGGCGGUCCCUCUUCCUUCCUGGGCCCAGUACCUGGUCAACCGAUAGGACCAUCUGGAUAUUCCACUACUCAGUCUGCUGUUGAACAACCAGUUAGCUCUGCUUAUCUUCCAUCAGAUCAAGCUGGUCAUGGCUAUAGUCAUGCUGGUCCCCCCAUUACUAGUACCUCAAGUCACCAUUACCCUCAAGUGCAACCACAGCAACAGAGACCUAUGGGUGUUGGCUAUCAUCCUGUUGGUAUGGCUGGGGGAGGAGAGAGUGCGCCACCAAGGAUGGAUUACUCGGGAGGUCCUGGAGUUAUACCUGCUCACCUUGCAGUUAAUCAUCUACAGCCACGCCACCAAGUGCAGGCACCAUACCACAGCUGUGUACUCCAGUUAUGGUCUGACGGGCAGAAACCAGAGCAGCCACAACAACAUCUACAUCCACCCACUAAUUAUUACACAAACCGGCCUAAUCACCAGGAUCAUAGACCGGUAUCUCUGGAACAGCAGUGGCAGCAAUUUCAACAGCAAGUGAAGAUGGAAGGCGGUCAGCAGCAGUAUGACCCGUACUCAGCAACUGAGGAGGGUGAGCACCAGGACACGGCAAGACAACCACAGGCAGUUCACACAAGCCUCCCACCUUCACAACAGCAGCCACCCACUACACAGUCACAGUCACAGCAAGCAUCACAGUCACAAGUGCAACAACCACUUCAAUCAUAUGGUCAUUUUGGGGACCAACCAAAUCAACAGCAGCAGACAGGAGAGGCCAGUGAAUGUGAAAACCGGUCACCAGGAAGUAUUAUCAAAGGAGAGGUCAAGCCAACUGGGGCUGUGAGUCCGCACAGUUCAUACACUUACUACUAUGGAAGUCAACACAACACUGGCACCCAGUCACAGAGGACUGGACCACCAUCUCCAGAAAGACCAGAGCAUCUUAAUCAACAACCCCAAAAUGAUCAUCGAUAUCAGACACAGCAGGGAAACAACCAUUCAGAAGUGCCACAGAGUUCACCUAGUCAACAACAGAGGGGCUCCCCACAGGGACAAAACUCACAGGGACAGCCUCAGCAGCAGUACCACCAGGGACAAUAUCAGGGACAAAUGCAUCUGCAAGAUCAGUCUCCCACCAAAAAUCCUGAAGGAGGAUUGCAAGAGGAACAAUUCCAAACCAACAAACCUGAUGUACAAACAUCUGUGUAUCAACAACUGGCUCAUCAGCCAGCACAGUUUCAGCAUGGCCCUCCCCAAGAAGGUUUACCUAAGCUUGUAUCUUCCAACGACCCGCAUUAUCAGCACACUGCACCUCAGCACAAUCCACCACAGCAGGGUCCUAUCCCGCAAGGACCUCCUCAGCAAAUGCCCCCACAAGUGCUGCCUCAGCAAGGUCUACCUGAUGGACAGUAUCAGCAAGGACCACCACCUCUUCAACAACCACAACAGAACCAGCAGUAUCCCCCAGGCCAGUAUCCUCCUGGAGGGCAGUACCCAUGGGCUCAAUAUCCUCAACCAACAAGUGGUCCUGGACCAUUUCCUUCAGGCCCUACUACCUUUGGAAAUGGACCUGGACCUUAUCCCAAUGGUCCCAGCCCUUUCAAUGGACCUGGAGGAACUAGUACUUCUACCCCAUAUACACCUGUAGGACCAGGAGGUUCCGGUCCUUAUCAGAGUGGAACAGGUGGACCAAAUCCCUUCACUCCUGGACCAAAUGGACCAGGUGGAAUAAACCCAUACCCUGGUGGUCCAGGGCCAGUUGAUGACAGACAGCCAAUACUUCAAGAUAAGAAAGCAGAACCAGGGGUGGCCAGAGAUAUGACUGCAUCCCUACUGAUGCCACCGCCACCCCCACCCCCUCCGGCCGAGGCCCUCCUGGGUGCUGGGGGUACUGCAAGAGGGCGGGAGGAAACCCCAGAGCCCGGCAUGAAGAGACAAAGAUCAUGUAGCCCGCAAGAUGAAAGAAAGGCAGCAAGAAGAUCUAAUGGAGAUUCAGAUGAUUCAACAACACAUGAGAGCAGUGGAACUGCCAGGCCUACUGGACCAGAUGCUGCUUCAUCAGAUGGCCCUUGCGGACCAUUCUCUAGCCCUGGAACUUUUCAAGGAGGACCAGGCAAUUUUCCUGGUGGUGGAGCUAACUUCUCAGGUGCACCAGGUGGAUUUCCCAAUGGUCCUGGAUCAUACAUGGGCCCAGGAGGACCCUGGGGUUGGGGGCCAAUGCCUGGACCAUAUUCUGGCAUGCCAAUAGGACCAAACCCUUUCAAUAGACCUCCAGGAAAUAGUAUGGCCAAUCCACAGGCACCAUUCAACAGAAAUUUACGAGAUCGUUCAGAUGGAGAUGAUGGAGGCAGUGGUAAUCGACGAGGUGGAAGGGGAGGCAGAGGGUUUAGUAUGGGUGGGAGGGGUGGAAGGGAUCGGCGCUGGUGAGCUCACCAUUGUAUCAUACCUUUAAUAUUUGUUUGUAUAUAUGAAGUUAAUUAUUGUAUGUAUAUCUAUUCCUUUUACAUUUAUUUAUGUAAAGCAGUCAUAUUUCAAGACAGUCUUUUUCUUAUUCAUAAUACAAUUUGUUCAUUUGUCUUAAUUAACAAUAUUUCAUGACAAUAAUGUUCAGUUGUAAGUGCGCUGUGCUGGAAUAAGUCGGGGAAGCACAUCAUAAGUUAAGGUGUCACAAGAAUUGUCUGGGGAAGACAAUAUUUUGUAAAUAUUAUGUGUGGAUGAAUAGGAAAUUGAAAGGUGUCAAUAACAAAAUUGACCAUGGAACUUUAAACUAUAUUGAAUCAGAUAAUUUAGGCUGGUGAUUGACCAGACUUAAUGUUGCACUGAAUAUUGAGUUCAAUAUACAACAGUAUCUCUAGAAGAAGAAGAAAAAAAGAGGACUAAAUUGAGAACCAUGUGUGAUGUAACAAAUAUGCUUAUAAGCCUAUGGCUGUGGAUUAGUGUUUAUUGUUCAUUUAGCAAAGAUUACGGCAUUGCUCAAUAAUGAAUAGUUAAAAUCUCAAGUGCGCUACAGUACAAUAAGAGGAUGUGAAUGAUUUCUCAGUGCUUAUUAAAGUCUUCAUGGAAGGCAUUGUAAAAUAAAAAUUGCAUUUCAUAGUUCUCUGUUACUUAAUGCUCAAAGGCAUUUUCAGUACCUACCAAAUGUUCUUGUUACAUAUAAAUGGUGUAAAUGCCAAAGCCUUAUACAAAAUAGAUAAUUAUUAGUU